UCUAGUAUAUAUUUUUUAAGUAUAAUAAAAGUGCUACUGACUACGUGUCAUUUCAAGCAAAGUCUGAAACUUCAAACUGUCUACUGCUUUUGCUACCUAUUAAGUAAAAUGAAUUUAGAUAAGGAUCUACAACGGGAGAUGGCGCAGAGUAUGCUGAAGGAUGUCAUAUCUGCCAAUGCCUACGAUCGCCUGAUCAAGGACUAUAAGAAGCUAUUCAAAGAUAAGAUUGUCCUGGACGUGGGCUGUCGCAGUGGACUGCUCAGCCUGAUGAGUGUGGAAGUGGGGGCCGUAAAGGUUAUCGCCGUGGGAAAUAUGCAAAGUGCCGGAAUGGUCAAGAAAGCCCUUGCCCAGGGCGACAAGGAGGACAUCUUUGAGGCCGUCAAUGGCGCUAUUCAGGAGAUCCGCCUGCCGUGCGGUCUAAAGUACGUGGACAUCAUAGUGUCCGAGUGGCUGGGCCACUCUAUCUUCGUAGACUCCCUCUUCCGGGAGGUGAUCUUUGCCAGGGAGAAGUGGUUGGCCAAAGGUGGCAUUAUCAUACCCAAUGUGGCGCAGCUCUACGUCAGUGGAAUCUCGGAACAUCGUCGUCUGAUUGUACAAGGGAAUGUCCCCGGUAAGCACUAUAAAGUGUGGGAGAAAGAAUCCCUCUUGGAGGAUCAUGUGACCAGGGAACAACUUAUCACCGAUAAGUUCUUGAUCAAAUCCAUUGAUCUCUGCACCGCCAGCGUGGAAGAUGAUGCCUUUCGCCUUCCGUUUAAGCUUAAAGCUCUGAAGGAUGGCUUCCUUGGAGCUGUGGUUCUCCAUGCGGAUGUGGCCUUUUCCCGAGCCAAGGGUAGACUCCGACGUUUGUUUUCCACAAGUCCGGGGGAGCCUCGUACCUAUCUGAGGCAAACCAUAUUGUUUGUGAACGAUUUCGUCCAGGUUGCUGAGCAUCAGUCGAUCCUUGGUGUCCUGGGAAUGUAUCCCAAUCCCAAAGAGCAUCGCGGUGUGCAGUAUUCGCUUUCUUUUGAAGAAGAGGAGCCUUUCGAAGCGACUUUAGGUUCAGGGAGGGGCAGAACGUCUAAAUGGACUUUGUCUAAAUAA